AUGGCCAUAUUUGACGAGCUUGCAGGCAGACAACGCCAAGACAUGUCCAAGAAAUGGAUCCACCGUGCCUUUGCCGCUCAGAAGGAGAUUCUGGAACUAGUCGCCCAAAGGCGGUCCGGAGGUGAACCUCGAGGUAUCGUCGGUUGGAUUGCCGGAUCGUUCAACUUCUGCUUCAGAGUCGCCUUUACCGAGGGGCCGGAUGCCGUCAUUCGCUUCCCUAAGCCCGGUUGCACGGUAUUUGCCGACGAAAAAGUCAUCAAUGAGGCUCGGGUGAUUGAGUUUAUCCGCGAAAACACCACGAUCCCUGUUCCACGCCUCAUCAGCUGGGGUCUUACCAAGGACAUUCCGCAGCAACUGGGGCCUUUUUUAAUUUCCGACUUUAUCCAUGGAGUUAGCCUGUCUAGAGCCCUUAGGGACCCUGCCGACAACGACUGGCUAUUCCUCAAACCGGCCCUCGACAACAAGACGCUGAAUGGCGUCUACGAACAGAUUGCAGACAUCUUGCUCCAGCUCUUCCAAUUCAACUUCUCUAAAACCCAGCGCAACAUCGCUACCGACCAGACUACGGCUAAGGAGCUAUAUCUUGCUCGCCGUCGUUUCCUGCAGCUAGUUGAUAAGUACUGCGCCGCGGACGACGAUCAAGGUCCUUUCAAGCUCUUCUGUGACGAUCUUCGGCCACACAACAUACUUGUUGACCCGGAAACUCUUCGCAUCACUGCUGUCAUCGAUCUUGAGUUUACAAACGCCAUGCCGAGCCAGUUCUCUUCGGAUCCGCCGUGGUGGCUGCUGCUGGCGGAGCCGGAAUCCUAUCUUAGUCUAGGCCGCCAUCCGGAAGAGUUUGUGACAGCCUAUGAAGCCUCCCUUGGCCGAUUCUUGCAGGUUUUGCAGCGAGCCGAGAAAGCAAGAGGACUGCAGCUAUCUAGUCGUAUGCGUGAUGCAUGGGAGACGAAGCGUUUCUGGUUCAACUAUGCCAUACGAAACCCAUUUGAAAUUGAAAUUCUCUAUGAAAAUUAUCUAGGCGAGGCAAGUGGUGCUGGCGAAUCGUUACUGUAUAACAAGGUGCGUGCGGAGAUGGAGCAGUUUGUCCAAUGA